AUGUAAACGAUGGUAGCUGCAGAGCAGGUCACGGCCGCUUCAGCUGCACCUGGACAUGCGAGUGUGACCCGCUUCUUCCCUGGUUAAAGCCACAGGUCAGGCCAAGGGUUUAUUUAGUUGUAGCACAGUCUUCAAAAAAGCUCCUUUUUAACGAUGGACGACGACUGUGUGUGCGAGUACGACUCGACCUGGGACUCGGAGAGUGAUGGAGAGGAGCCGGCCGGAGAGAGCCAGCCCCGCCGCUCCAACCCGGACAGAAACAAGUCCUCCUGGGCCAUAUGGCAUCACACGCCCAGAAAUAUGAGGGCAGCAAAGGACAUGCAGAACUACAGGAGAGGAUACCCUAAUCUAACAGAUGAAGAGUGUGCAGAGGACAAAAUGAAUAAUUUACAAUUCUAUCUGAAUAAGUUUCCCUCCUCUCCAGAUGAUGUCUACAUUGAGUCAUUUCUCAAAGAAUGGAGAAAUGAUUACAAAAGACUGGAGAGGGUUCACUCUUACAUACAGUGGCUGUUUCCACUGCGAGAACCAGGGGUUAAUUAUAUGGCUUCAGAACUCACCAAGAAGGAAAUUGAGGCCUUUAAGAAGAGUGAAGAGGCCAAAGGGAGACUAGUGGAGUCAUAUGAACUUAUGCUGGGUUUCUAUGGCAUGCGCUUGUUCAACAAAGACACGGGUGAAGUGAAACGUGCUGAAAAUUGGAAGGAGCGCUUUGGAAACCUGGAGAGGAAUAUGCACAACAACUUGCGUAUUACUCGGAUCCUGAAAAGCCUGGGAGAGCUGGGCUUUGAGCACUAUCAAGCUCCACUUGUGCGCUUCUUUCUGGAGGAGACUCUGGUCAAGAAGACGCUGAGCAGUGUCAAACGCAGUGUUCUUGAUUACUUUCUGUUUGCCGUGCUGGAUAAACAGCAACGCCAGGAGCUUGUGCGUUUUGCUUACCUUCACUUUGAGCCAAAGGACAAGUUUGUAUGGUGUCCCAGAAAGAUUCAAAAACAGUUCAGAAAGGCAGAGAAAAGAUCUGAUGCUGUUGGGAAUGGAGAUGGAAAAGACGAAGUCUAUUCACGGGUUAAAAACAAAGAUGGAGAAGCAGGAGUGCAGCAGAAAGAGGAUGGACUGGAUGUUGUUGCUAAGGCUCAAAAAGGAACUGAUAAAAUCAGGGACAAAUGCAAACAGCCUGAGAUGUCCUCAGAGCCGCAAACAGAAUCUGAAGCAGUCGGAAAUGGAAAUGUGAUGGACUUUAGUAAUGAAAUUGUGAGGAAUGGAAGUCACUCGCCCGAUGAUGAUCAUAAAAUGAAUCAGUCGCUCAGUCUCGACAUUGUAUCAACAAAGACAGAGCUCUGUGUUGACGGUGAGCAGAAGUUUAUAAGCAACCUUAAGGACAUCACCCAGGAUGCUGAUAUUAUGCAAACAGAUGGGGACAUAGACACUGAAAAAACGCAGAAAAAGAAGAGAGAAGACGACAAAGUCCUGCUACACAACUGUCCUGCUGAAAAUUCAGACGGCGCACCUGUGGAACAGGGUGUAGCUGUGAAAGCCACAGUUCAGAUGAGCCCAUCCGUCCAAACUCCUGUUAAGACCUCUAAACACUCGCCCUCUCCGUCUUCUGAAAGGGAGGGGAAAAUCCCACGGACUGAUUUUAGUCAAGUGUCUGUUAAAAAGGAGGAGGAAGAAACAUUGCAGGGAAAUAUUAUGGCAACAAACGGGAUGAAAAGCAGCAAAGGCGAGGAUGAACCGAAGGAUGGGAAGGAGUGUGAGGAUUUUAAUAUGGAAUUAAAUCCCUCAAGUUCAGACCAAAAUGCGGUGAAAUUAUGACUCAACAAUGAUUUGAGAUUACCUAUGAAUUUAAAUACACAUAAUGACUUUCGGAGACUUCUAGGCCUUAUUUCUACUAUAUUUGAUGUAAAGAUAUUGAUUCUUUUCACUUUGAAGGAAUAUAUGAAUGGAUGAAUUCACCAAAUAUGGGACUUGGCUUAUGGUAUGCUACAUCUUUGAUGAUUUUUCUAAACAAAUCCAGAAAGACCAAAACAAGCAGCGUGUUAAUCAAACCCAAAUAUUUUACAUUUCCUCUGUUUGUUUACAACAUAAAGCUCUUUGACACCAGUAGAAAACUCUUAGGCUACGUUCACACUGCAGUCCUUAAUGCUCAAUUCCGAUUUUUUCCUAUAUCCGAUUUUUUUGUGUGGCUGUUCACACUAUCUUUUAAAAUGUGUCCUAUAUCCGACUCGAGUGUGAACGCAUCGCGGCCCUGAACUGACCCGCAUGCGCAGAGGCGUGGGAUGAUGACUGAUGGAUUUGCAUCCAACUUUCAGUCAGGUGCCUAUGAACUGCCAAUUAUCCAUCAAGCUCCACAAUUAUCAUGUUAACAUUAAAUCAGAUAGAUUUGGCAAGGACGUUUCUCUUGCAUCUCUAUCAUUAUGCGGGCAUGAAUUCUCGGAGUUUUGCGGGAGCGGAUGAAAACACUGCGGGCGCGGGCGGGAGUGGAACACACACGUUGCGGGUGCGGGCGUUAAUGGUCAGAAAUGCAGCGGGAGCGGGAUGAAGAAAACAGUCCCGCUAUAGCAGGGCUCUAGCUCCGCUCCCCGGAGUGUCAGCUCUGCUCUCCGGCGUUCAGCUGGGUUUAUCACCUAACACACGGUCCAGCUCGUUGUAAAACGGGCAGGUUAUGCGACCACGACCGCUUCACUGAUUUGAAUCCUUAGCUUCUUUAUUUAGUAAUAUGCUUAAACUCAGCCGGUUGUCUUGUCUGAUCUGAGGUUGUAGGCGAAAAAGAGGUGAGCGGUGGGGAGGUGAGGAGGAGAGGCGGAGGAGGGGAGGAGGAGAGGCGGAGGCGGCCCGGAAGGACCCCCGCCGUCUCCCGUGUCUCCCCCGCGGCUCGGGGCUCUGCGUGUGACGUCAAAGUCGCAUUAAUUCCGACCUGCCUGUUCACACUGAGGUCGCAUUGCAAAACAUCAGACCUGUAUCCGAUUUAGAACCACAUAUGGAAGCGACCUGAAUCUGAUUUGAAAAGAUCAGAUUCCAUGUGACUUGUGCUGUUCACACUGUCAUAAACAAAUCGGAUCUGAGUCACAUAUGAGCAAAAAAUCGGAUUUGGGUCACUUGGGAACUGCAGUGUGAACGUAGCCUUAUUCUUGUAUGAUUUUACUCUCCAACAGGAGCAGUUGGACAGAUGGUACAUGAUAACCUUUCAACAGUUCCUGAAUUGGCUAAUUUCAUAUCUUGUUUUGGUCUUUUUAUUUAUUGGAUUUGUAGACAUUUGUAAUUGAGACAGAGAUGUAUAAUUUUGGUCUCAAGUGUUUUGAGAUUUAAAUGACAGACUGCAACAAGAAUUUAAUAUCUCUGCAGAGUACAUGAAGCACUACUAUAAAUGAAAAGGAAGAUCACUGUUUUUAAUACUAAUACAUUGGCAGAUCAAAUCUUUUGCACUGAAUACAAGUCUGAAGAUCAUUUUCCCUGUUUUAAGCGGUUUUUGUGUUCGUCGAACAAUGUCUGCUGGAGUUUUUUAUAUUUAUCUUCUGAUCCUGCUGUUCAAAUGGCAUUGAAGCAGGAUGUGAUUUAAGUCAUAUUUCAGCAACGUGGCGAAGUCUGUAUGCUGACUUCUAAACAACUGAACGCCUUGCCAAAAAUGUGAUGACUGGUUGAUUGUAAAAUAUGUUUGCAAAAAAUGAUAAAGCUCUGGCUAUAAUUUAGUCUACUGUACAUUCGUUUGUAAUUGGCGCAGUUUGUGGAAUUACACAUUUUGACAUUAAUGCAUCUUUAUUUGCAUUUAAUUUCUGCCAUUAUCAUUGUUACUGUAUUGACCUGAUGAAAUAAUAAAUUUAUACCCCCCCCACAAA